GUACCUCACACGAAUCUCAAGGCAGCCAAAAUGGCUACAGACUCCCGCAAGCGCCUCGCACUUGCGAUUGUCGAUUUCCUGCAGAGUUCCCUCAAAGAUGGCACUCUGCAACCCGAAGACUCCGACUCGAUCGAGAUUGCAACCAACUGUAUAGCAGAAUGCUUCCACGUCGACCCGAACGAUGAAGCGGCGGUCAAGGAUGCGCUCGGCGGCCAGAAUUUACUAUCCAUCUAUGGCGUUUACGAAAAGCUGAAGGGGAAGAGCACACCAGCUGCUGCAGCCAGUGGUGCAGCAGCUGGAGCAUCAGCAGCGACCUCGGCAACUCCAACUCCUUCCGGCCAGCCUACAGAGGAGAGUGAGAAGCUCAAGGGCGCUGGCAAUGCUGCGAUGCAAAAGAAGGACUACCAGAGCGCCGUGGACAACUACACCAAAGCGCUUGAGAUCUGCCCUCUCAACCCGAUUUAUCUCUCCAACCGUGCAGCAGCUUACAGCGCCAUGAACCAGCACGAGUUUGCUAAGAAUGAUGCUGAACUGGCAACCGCUACAGAUCCGAAGUACACCAAGGCUUGGUCGCGAUUGGGAUUGGCCCGGUUUGCGCUGGGCGAUGCCAAGGGGGCGAUGGAGGCUUACAAGCAGGGAAUCGAUGCCGAAGGAAGCGGAGGCAGCGACGCCAUGAAGAAGGGCUACGAAACUGCCAAGAGGAGAGUGGAAGAGCUCGAAGGCGCCGAGGCAGCAGAGCAAGCUGAAGAAGAGACCGAGCGAGGUGCAGGCGCAGGUGGAAUGCCCGAUCUUGGUGGACUCGCGAGUAUGCUCGGUGGUGGAGGUGGUGGCAUGCCAGAUCUCGGAUCUCUCAUGCAGAAUCCAAUGAUGCGGCAGAUGGCGCAGAAUCUGAUGUCCAAUCCAGAGGCCAUGAGCAAUUUGAUGAACAAUCCGGCGCUGAGAAACAUGGCAAGUCAGUUUGGCGGCGGUCGAGGUGGUGCUGGAGGCGAGGGCGGCAGCGGUGGUGGUGGGGGUGGUGGUGGAAUGCCAGACCUCAGCGCUCUGAUGAAUGACCCCAACAUUGCCAACAUGGCCAGGCAAUUCAUGGGCGGCGCCGGACGUGGAGCUGGCAACAAUCAGUAAACGAUUAACAGCUAUGCCCUUUCCUUUUCCAUCACAUGGAUUUGUUCAGAGCUUGAUACCCUUGCGUCGACAUUAUAGACUCAAAUGGAAAAGACGAUUGAACG